UUCAUUGAUCUGUCUGUCUGGUUGUGAGUUUUCUAGUUCGGGUCGGAUUUGUAAAUACCACCACCCGGAAGUAAUCAUCUCGACGCCUUCAAACUUCAGAUUGUGAACGAACAAAGUAAUCAGCCCUGCACUUUUAUUCAGAACCCCAAAAAGUUGAGACGUUAAGAUAACCGUUAUUUGAAACGGUUUAUAUCUGCAAAGACGGAAAUGCCCCUAUAUUUGAUGAAAUCCAUCCUUUCUUCGCGCAGGUCAUCCAAAUUAUCACUGCCACCAUCAGCACCUUAAACGUCUACCUGCGCGGUUUCCGGAACCAGCCAAAGCACCUAGCCGCACGGCUUCUGUCAUGCAGCAUGUCAAGGUUGAGAGAUAUGGUUCAGUUGAUGACAGAAAGGGAAUUGAAUUUGGUGGGUUAUCAGAUGAGUUAAAUAUCUUGGGUUUUUACAGGUGGCUUCAAAGAGCGGCUGUUGCUACAAUAGCUUGCCGUCGAUUGCGGCAGGCUGCGGAGUGUGCUCGUGGCCGUGGAAGCAACUUUGGCACCGCGUUGGCCAAAAAUAAAACAAAAUUCUUUAUGAUGAGAAACCUGUGUAAUACCGAUUAUGUCCUCAACCAGUUAAAUAAUAACCAACAAUUGUUAGGAUCACGCUGAUAUUACUGAGAAGACAGGGAAAAUUUUAAUUAAUUCUUCUCAACUUAUGUUCACCAAUAAUCAAAGGCAAAAAGAGCGAACAGGACAGUAUGGGACUCCAAGAUUGCAAUAUCUUCAGGAAUUGGUGAGCCAGUUUCAGAACGCAACGGAUGAAGCGACAAAGGAGAAGAUUGUUGCAAAUUUAGCAAAUUUUGCAUAUGAUCCAUACAAUUAUUCAUUCUUACGACAGCUCAAUGUUUUGGAACUCUUCCUGGACUGCAUAACAGAACCAAAUGAGAAGCUUGUAGAAUUUGGGGUUGGUGGGAUUUGCAAUGCUUGUGUUGAUCCUGCAAAUGCUGCUAUUAUCACCCAGUGUGAUGGUAUCCCUCUUGUCAUUCAAUGUCUAUCAAGUCCAGUUAGAAACACUGUGAACUAUGCUCUUGGGGCUCUUUAUUACCUAUGUGACAUGUCUAACAAGGAAGAAAUUUUGAAGCCAGAAGUGGUUGAUGUCAUUAGGAGGUAUUCUGCAGCUGAAACUGUAAGUGUGAGCUUCAGUAAUCUAGCCAAGGCAUUUUUAGAUAAGCACGUCUUGGAAUACAAAUGAGAAAAAGGUCUAUUGUCCUGUAAUGAACCAUUUACUUGACAUUGUCAUAUAACCUUUUAUAUGGUUUGCUUCAUCCAGAAUUUGUGUAACUACACCAUUCUGCAUACACCCGAUUUCAAGAUAGGGACUUUUCCGUUUUGCUUCUUGCUAGUAGUGCUAUUGUGUAACAGUUUUGAGGUGUACAAAGGAUCUAAUAGAAUUGGUAUCUACAAUGAAGCAACCUUUUCAUGUUGGAA